CUUAAUCCGAUUCAGUGUUUAUUUCGAUUUAACUAAUUGUUGACCUUUAGAAUUUCUUAUUAAUCUUAUUAAUUGUGAUCUCUUCAAUCCAAAUCAAUCCAAUUGUAAGAUCAUCAAAUUACGCGCUUACCUUGUUUUCUUAAAAGUUGCUUAGGAAAAACAUUGGAAACAAAUUGUGAUAAACAACAUUGAAAAUUUCAAAUGUGGUCAUUUAAAUUGUGGUUAAUUUAAUUGUUUAAUUUGUAAAUAUCUUUCUCUUUAUAGUCUAAUUUAUUAAAGCUCAUAAUGAUGGCGUUGGCUGGAAGGAGGAUGAUCCUUAAUCAUUUGGUUUGUAGAAAUAAUAACAAUCAGUUGAUAUUAUUAACCAAAGGUCAAAAUACAAGCAAAUCCAUUGGAGAGGUUAAUCUAAGGUGUUUCUCAAGUUCUAAUGGAAAACUAGGAGGUCGAUUUAGAUUCGAAUUUCUAAAUUCAAUGGAAAGACUAGCCGAUCGUCUUUACAGUCGUUGGUUAUACUUGAGGUACGACGGAAACUUAGGCCCUCAACCGAAAAGCUUUACGGUUAAACAGAAAAGGAUUGGAUAUUUUACCAAUUUCAUUAUACUUUUCCUUCUUGGUGUCAUCUACGUAGUAGGUAAAACUUUCGAUCCCUUAAAUCAAUCACCGAUUUAUGUCGGGGUGAAGAUUUGGCCUGAUAACAUGGAAGAGUAUAAAGACCUUUUAGACGCUAAGUAUGAGAGAAGCUCAUAUAAACAAUCAUCUUUACCUACAACACCAUCAACAUCUUCACCAGCAACAACUUUAUCAACAAAGUCACCAUAAAAUUAGACCAAUUUUGUUUUUAUUAAUUUAUCAAAUGUCUAAAUUACUUUAAUAUACUGUAGUGUUUACAUGUGUUUAUGUAGUCAUCUUUUUCCUCUAUUUUCUAAACAAUUAAAACAAAAUUCAUGGUUGUGUCAUAGAAAUUAACAGAAUAUAUAUAAAAGCCAAUAUUUAUAUAUACAAAUCAACAUUAAAUACUCUUGUAUUUUUCUGCCUUGCGGGUUAACCGGAAAAAGAAAUCACAUUUUUUUUUACUCCAUUUAAAAACAGAAAAUCUGGAUUCUAUUUGUUUUUUUGGUGAAUAACAACAACAACGAAGUCUCUUUAACUCAUUUUAAUUUAAAUUAACACAUUAACAAUCUCAUUCAAGGAAUCAAUGGUUCAAGCAACUUCUUCAUCUCAACCAAUUCAGAAAAAAGCCCUUAAGGGGAUAAUUGCAGGUGGAAUCACUGGUGGAAUUGAGAUUUGUAUUACCUUUCCAACCGAAUAUGUGAAAACUCAAUUGCAACUUGAUGAACGAUCAGCUAAACCUCGAUACAACGGAAUCUUCGAUGUGGUCCGACAAACGGUUCGCAGUCACGGUGUCCCUGGUCUUUAUCGAGGUUUAUCGGUUCUUCUCUAUGGAAGUAUUCCAAAAUCAGCUGUAAGAUUUGGAGCAUUCGAGGAGUUCAAAAAGCGUAGUGUUGAUGCAAAUGGAAACCUCGGUAUCUCUCAGCGACUCUUAUGUGGUCUUGGUGCGGGUGUUUGUGAGGCCAUUUUCGCUGUCACUCCCAUGGAAACAGUUAAAGUGAAAUUCAUUAAUGAUCAGCAAAGUGCCAAACCAAAAUUCAAAGGAUUCGUUCACGGGGUUGGAUCGAUCAUCAAAGAGGAAGGUCUAAGAGGAACUUAUCAAGGUUUAUCUGCAACAAUCAUGAAGCAAGGAAGUAAUCAAGCGAUUCGUUUCUUUGUCAUGGAAACAAUGAAGGAUUGGUAUCGAGGAGGCGAUUCCACUAAACCGGUCAACAAACUUGUCACCGGAGGUUUCGGUGUUAUCGCUGGAGCGGCCAGUGUUUUCGGCAAUACACCGAUCGAUGUAGUUAAGACCCGAAUGCAGGGACUCGAAGCUAAAAAGUACAAAAAUACAUUCGACUGUUUUAUGCAAAUCGCUCGAAACGAAGGAUUUUUCGCCUUCUAUAAGGGAACAGUUCCAAGGCUAGGACGUGUUUGCCUUGAUGUCGCCAUCACAUUCAUGAUUUAUGACAGUUUCAUGGAGUUUUUUGCAAAAGUUUGGAAGUAGAAAAAGAUGAGAAAACAAAGAAAAGAAAGACAAUUAUCUUCUUUGGUGACUAGUGUUCGAUAUUUUUUUAGUUAUUGAUGUUGAUUCGUUUUCUCUUGUUUCCUCUUCCUUUUUCCCUUUUCGGUCAAGAUAUUGUCGUUUCUCAGCUUUUCUUUUUCCAAUCAUCAUCUUCUUAGCAUCGCUCAUUAACUCCAUCAUAAUCAUCACCAUCAUCACUUGUCCAAAGUGAUUGAAAAUUCGAAGAAAAAAUAGAAAAUUAGCCGUUACUAUUUUCUCGCUGUUGUUUUCCAUUUCAUCUCAUCCUCAUCUCUUUUUUUGCUCUUUCCUUUUUGUUAUGAUAGAUUUUGUUUGUUCCAUUUUUUCUUUCGCUUCCUUUAAUUGUGACAUUUAACUUCGCUCACCAUUUACUACAAUUAAUACAUAAAUAAUUCUAAUUAUAGCUCGAUAAUGAAAAACAAAAUGAAAACAAUCAAAAGAAAAGAAAACUAAAGUAAAUGUUAUUAAAUGAACAAGAAAUAAAUUAUUCUAGCCUAUUAAUCACUAAUCAUUCAUUUGUGUGUAUAAAUGUUUGUAUUUUAGUUUCUUUGAUCAUUUAAAUUGAACAAUUAACUCACACGAUGUGAAACAAGAGAUUAACAAUUGUUAAAUCAAACAUUUAAUAUAAUGUAAAAUGUUGAUUCGAUUUGUAUUUACAAUUAAAAAUCGUGUCCAACGAAAAAAAUAACAAAU